UUUUAAUUGAUUUUCGUCAUUCACGACAUCGUCGCCAUCACCAUUUACAUCCGCGCAUAAUCCAUUCAAUUUCGGCUUAUGAUUCUUAUAUUUGAAGAUCGAUAAUCGAAUCCCUUUAAUACCACAAUUAAGGCAAAUUCUCGCCUACAGGGCUGCAAAUAAUCGAAGGAAGGAAGAUCGCGAUUCAAAUCAGAUUCACGUCCCCCACCUAAGCUCGUUCAUUCUUUUUCUUUGUCGAAAUAUUUUACACGAUACAAUCCACACUUUAUAAGUAUUGGUUUUCGAGAUAAUUUAGGGUGGAUAUUAUCAAAAUCGGGUUGAUUUGAUUCGAUCUUCUUACCCAAGAUGGCUCCCGAACUUAGCACCUUCGAGGCGCGAAGGAAAGCAAACGUCGUGAACAAUGCCAAACUAUUAAAGGACUCAGCCGAGGUUGCGGCCAAGAUGCGCAGGGCCGCAGCUCCCCCUCCGAGGCCAACUACUACCAAGAAGAGGAAGACUGUCGAGCCAGCUCCUCGUACUCGCGUCAUGCCUACACGUCAAAGUGCAAGGUUAGCCGGAGCUAGUACAGAUGCUGACGGCGCUGGUGUGAAAUUGGAAGAUAUUCCCACCGAGUUAAAGCCCCCUCAACCUAAGCGCAUUCGCACAAGUGGCGAUUUGCAACUCUCAAAUCUUCAGGUGGAAGGUCAGAGAUGGUCAAGUACUAGUGCGCUCGCCUCAUUCGUUCAGGGCGCGCAACCUGGCGUUCGGACAUUCACGGAAGAGGAUAUCAAGGAUACAUCGGACGAAAAAUUAAAGGAUCUCAGGAAGGAAAUGGAUGAUUUGAAACUGUAUGAAGGUUGGGUACCGAAUGAUAUCAAAAUUACUCCUGAACGUGUUUAUGCCCUCACUUUCCAUCCUAUCCAGGAUAAACCAAUCAUCCUUGCUGGUGACAAGAAGGGUACCUUAGGAUUUUUUGAUGCGUCGCAAGAAACUCCCUCUCAAUCGGAGGAUGAUGAAGAUGCCGAUAUUCCUUUACCGCAAGUGGGCGCAUUUGAAGUCCAUAGCAGGACUAUAUCCUCCAUUAAAAUACCCACAUUCGAUCCCAACUCAGUCAUCACAAGUUCCUACGACUCCUCGAUACGUUGUUUAGACUUGCAGUCCCAAGUAAGCAGUCAAUUAUGGCAGCCCGAAGAUGACGAUGUAGACGUGGGUAUAUCAUGUCUCGAUGUAUCGCCCGAAGCCAAAGACACCAUCUUCUUUUCAACCUUAGAAGGUAACCUAGGAAGGUUUGACAGGCGCUCGAAGGGUAAAGCAGAUAUAUGGAGCUUAUCCGAGAACAAGAUCGGUGGAUUCUCCCUAAAUCCAUUGCUUCCUCAUCUAGUAGCGACGGCAUCACUAGAUCGAACCGUUAAGAUAUGGGAUUUGCGUAUGAUCAAAGGAAAAGGAGAACUACGCCACCCCUCUCUACUAGGUGAACACCAAUCACGAUUAUCAGUAUCACACGCAUCUUGGAGCCGCGGCGGAUACUUAGCAACAUCAUCCUACGACGACACAGUCAAAAUCUACGACAUGUCAGAUGCGAUGAAGUGGAAGGCCGGACAGGAUCUAUCCGAUGACCAGAUGAAGCCAACACAAAAGAUCCCUCAUAACAAUCAAACCGGUCGCUGGGUAACCAUUCUCAAACCACAGUGGCAACUCAACCCCGCGGACGGUGUGGAGAAGUUUGCUAUCGCUAAUAUGAACCGGUUCGUGGAUAUUUACGAUAGCCAAGGGAAACAACUUGGACAGUUGGAUGGUGAAGGUAUUACUGCUGUACCUGCGGUCGCUGAGUUCCACCCUACGUUGAAUUGGCUUGCGGGCGGAACCGGCAGUGGAAAACUGUGUCUCUGGAUGUAAGGAUGAACAGGAUAAAGGCGCAUGGUAUAUGGUAGUUCAGGAGUCAAUGAUAUUACAGUCGUUUAGUACACGAGCGCUUGCAUAAGUUAUAGCAUAGCAUCUCACAUUAGAAAGUUCGCGAAGUCGAUGCGACUAAGGCAUUUGACAAGGAAUAUAGUUGGUUGAUUUAGGUAUAUUAUGCCUUCCAAGCAAUAGACAAAAAGUCCCAUUCAGACUUAAAUGAGCCGGGCUAGGGAUGGAUACUGAGGGGGGUAUAUAGCAUUUGGAGGCGAAGCAUCAGGCGCUGCGUGCGAAUUUUAAUACAAAAUAAUCUUCAAUGCUCAAAGGAUAACAAAUUAUCCGUCAAUUAGGACAAAUUACAACGCGAG